CCCUCAUCAUCCAUCCAUUCAUUCAACCUCAUUCUCCAAUAAUGCGUCACAUCAUAAUUAUGACUAUUUACCACAAUAGGGACUUAAUUAUAGCCCCAAUAAAACGGUAUAUACAUACACAGCAUUGUACCACCAUCUAUCUCUUUUAGGAAAUAAUCAAAAGAUAUCAAAAUCCCAUCAUAUCGCAUCGCAUACAAAAUCCAAUACUUUAUCACACUUCAAGCAUUCUUCCCUGUACUUGCCAUCACGUACCUCGAAAAGAAUCAUUCAUUCAUUCAUUCGUUCACCUCGCUCACCUCGCCUCUAUUCCAAAUUCACAUCCAUACCCAAACCCAACCCCCAAUCCAGCAUGUCAUCCCCACAAACAUAUAUGGAUUCAAAACCGCAGGUCGUCUCCAAAGAAAAACCACAUAUGAGUAUUUUCACCGAAUUGGAUAUCGAUGGUGGACCAUCACAAAGACCACCGUCAGCUUAUAUCAAGGACCCGCGUAAUAUAUGUUUCGACGAUAUACCAGAAGUGAGGGAUUCUGAUGUUCGGAAUGAUACAAAGGUACUAGGGAUAAUAUAUAUAUAUAUAUAUAUAUAUAUAUGCAACUUCGCUUAAUAUCUUUGGGAAUUUGUACUAAUUUUUUUUAACAGAAUAAAGAAAGAUCGGGAUGUGCUUGUUUGAUGAUGUAGGUUGCAUCUGUAUCGAGUAGAUUACCAAAGGAUAUCUCUUAGAUA